AUGAAUUUUAUUGAUUAAGAAGAAUACAAUAUACCCUUAGAUUGUGAAGAUCUUUUCUUUCAAUUCAAUUUUUUAGAUAAUCUUCCAACACCAACACCAGAACUUAGUAAAUCAACAUAAGAAAAUCUAUAAUAAAAAUUAAAAGAUGAAAGAAAAUCAAGGAUACUUAAAAAAAGAAUUGAAAAAAAAUUAAAAAUUAAAACAGAUGUAGUAUAACCUAUGUCAAAAGAGGAGUUAAGAAAAUUACGAAAUAGAAAUUCAGCUUAGUUAUCAAGAGAUAAGAAAAAAAUAAUAUUUAAUAAUCUAAUUUAAGAAAAUAAGAAUUUUACAGAUAUACUUAAGAAGAAAGACGAAUAGAUUGAAUUAUUACGAGAAGAAAACAAACAUUUAAGAUUAAGAAUUGAAUAUUUAGAACAAAUCAAGUAAAUUUUUUUUUCUAUAAUUUUUAGAUAAAAUUACAAUUCUGUAUCUGAAGAAGGAGAAUAAAUAUCUAGAGCUAAUAUAAUCACUAAAUCGAAAAUGAUGAAUUAUGGAUUAAUUUCUCUUUUAGCUAUAACAUGUAUUUUUUCAAUAAUUACAAAUGAUUUUGAAUACAAUCCUAAACCUAUUUCUUUAUCCUAAAUAUCAAAUUAAAGGUAUGAUUUUUUGGCUCCAAAAUAAUAUUAAAGAAAUCAAACUUCUUUAUUUACUGAUGAAUCUAAUUUAUUUUAAAUUCCUUCUCAAUCCUUUUAAAAUUAAACACUAUUUUAUAAUUGUACAGGGAAAGAAAAAGAAUGCCAAAACUUUUUAAAUAUAGUAAAAGCAGAAAAUGCUGAUAAUAUUUAUUUUGUAAAUGAUGAAACUGAUCAUUUGCCAGCGAAUUAAGAUCAUACCUUUUAAAUUGGAGAAGAUAUUUAUUUAAUGAAAAUAAAACAAGAUGAUGAAGACAAUUUUGUAAUAUUUAGGUCAAGAUGCUAAAUAACAGAGAAUAAUUCAUUAGCUUUUGAAAGAAAUAUCUAUGAAGCAUAUAACAACAGUUUAUAGUAUUGA